AUGACGGGAGGAAAUCCGUACGAGAGACUCAAGCGAGAUGAUAUCCUCUCGACGCCACUCUACCACAUCUAUUGGACCUACUCUUCUCCCUCCGAGCCUUCCUGGAGGCAGAAACGCCCUCGUUCAUCCCGCUACGUAUUGGGUUUCCUGCUCACCGAUGAAGUAGCUGCGAGAGCAUGCGAGACGCACGACCUAUCCCCUGAGGAAUAUAAAGAUAGCCAUAUUAUACGUCGCUGGGUCGUCGGGGAGCUCACCGAAAAAUACCACCUGCCGAACCGCUGGAUCAACUCGCCCGCGCUCGUGUACAAAGACCGCACGCACUCCACGCUGCGGAAUGUCGUCGCGCUCGUGGACCUUCGGUCGGCGGAUCCCAGCGAGCGCGGACCCCCGAGCGUAGAGAUGGUAGAGCAGAUUGCGGACGAGCUCAAGCUCGAGGGCGAGGCUCGCGAGCCGCGCUGGUAUCUGCUCGCCGAGUAGGACUAGGCGUGUGGUGCAUCGAUAUCGAUGUCCUGUGGCGCACGGUACCCUUCAUCUUCAUAGUAACAUCCUUGAAACGCCGAAGUCCUACUCCACGCCUUAUUGUCGUACUUAUUCCCCGUCAUACCUCAAUCCCUUCCCUACUGCGAACUGCGUAGCAUGCCCCGACGCCUCGUCCAUCGCAAAUGUCCCUUUCGCCGAUGAUACUGUUGUCCUAAGUCCAAAGCUGGUACACAACGCGGUCGACCUCUGUUCGAACUUGGAUUUGAGAGUCCUGCUGAACCAUAUCCCCCCGG